CCAUUUGGAUUUGCGUGAAUGUUUGCAAUCUCAGACAAGAACCAUGUUCAAUUAGGUCAAAACAUUUUACAUUUCCACACUACACACCACUAUCCCAGUCAGAAUCCAAAAGAGUUUAUGACAAGAACAAAGUGAUUAUUCAUUAGCAGACACAUUUGAGAGAAAAAUUGUGUUGAUACAGCUCCUCAGCAACUAACGCCCACCAGUUAAACUACAUACUCACGCAUAGGCUGACAUUCAUUUGUUUUUGAGAUAUUGAUCAUGACAUGUUAAAGUACAUGUAUGCAUGCACUGAUGUUCGAUUCAUAUUGUUGCAUAUGACCCUUGAGAUCUGACGUAAUGUAUAAUCUGAAAGCGUGUUUUUGAAAUACGGCUGUUGCAGGUAGUUUCUUGUCUGGAAUUGACCAUGUACGCUUUCGUCGCCUGGCUAGCAGUUUCCGGAUGGGCAAUUGUGUCCGGGAAUCCUGACAGUUGCAAUGUCAGAAGUUUGAUAGAGAAAGGUUACAGAUUGAAAAACGUCAGUUAUAACUUUGCAGUUAAAUCCAGUAUCUUCAGUUGUGCUGCUUCCUGUGUGGCGACAUCUAUUUGUGCUUCAUUUGACUUUGACGAAAGGAGAAACACGUGUUUCCUUAAUUUCAAUGAUUCGUCAUUGGCAUCCCGUGCGCCUGAUCCUGGAUUUCUACACAGUGACAUCAGUGACUGGCCGAAGACUAUAUCCGGAUUAUGCUCAAAGACAUCUUGUGGAUUGUCAGAACACUGUGCUACCUACAGAAACAACAGCACAGCGUGUCACCCUCUCGCGGUUAUUGAUGUUGAGCACGACAUCAGAACAAGCUAUACUUUUCCACACAUGCAUAAGCAGUGGGCAGACGCUCAGCGCUACUGCCAAGAGAAGGGUGGCCAUCUAGCCAUAAUCAAGAAUGUCAUUCAGAACAACUUCAUUCAAGACAUCAUUGGUGCUCUUGGUCAUCACCUCAACCACUACCUUGGUGGUUUCUACAACAACACUGGAGACUGGUAUGAGUGGGUCGAUGGAACAGAGGUUCUCAACAUAAGCUUGUGGGCUCCGGGAGAACCGGAUUAUCAUGAAGGACGCUGUAUGCUUUUGAGAUAUGGCCCUCAGUGGAAAGACAGAUUAUGCACUGAGGAACGUUUGUUCAUAUGCCAGUUUAAUUCGUUUACUUAAUCCGCUUGUGGUCAUAUAACACACACACACACACACACACACACACACACACACACACACACACACACACACACACACACA